CUGAAUUCGGGCAUAAUCGUUUUUAAGGAAAAUGGAAGAAGCGAAGAAACGCAACAGAGACCAUAUCGAAGCCAUUCUAAACUCUGAUGCCUCAACACGACCUCACUCCGCAUAUAAAGUUAUUUUGGAUGAAUUGGUUAGUAUCUACAAGUCCAAUAUCAGACCUCUGGAGGAUGCUUAUAAAUUUUUUCACUUGAAGAGAAGAUACAACCCAUUAUCCGAUAUCCAUGCAAAACCAUCUCUGCUUGUACUUGGUCCUCGAAGCUCGGGUAAGACCUCCAUGAUCAACUACAUUCUAGGCUUGGAAGGACCUCACGCAUUGAGGGUUGGUGUGGAUCCCACGUCGUCUGAUUUCGUUAUAAUUGACCACGGCCGCAGACGGAAGAUGCUGCCUGGCACCGCCUUGUUGGCCGAUGAAUCCAAGCCCUACUCUGCAUUAGCGAAAUAUGGAAUGAACUUGGCGGCUAAUUUACACGGGGCUGAAUUUCCAGUUAAGGUACUAAACCACCUCACAGUAAUUGACAGCCCAGGUAUCAUGGAAAACUCUGAUCAACAGAUGCAGGGGCACCACUAUAUAGAAGUCUGCCAGUGGUUUAUCAGUAGGGCUUCUCUUAUCUUCUUCGUUUUCGAUUCCUCAAAGCUUGAUGCCGGGAAACAGUUACGGGAGGUCUUCCGUAGACUUAAAGGCCACGAAGGAAAACUGCGUAUCAUUCUAAACAAAGCAGACAACACGGAUGGGGAAGUGCUUCUAAGAAAUUACGGUGCGUUUUGCUGGAACUUGAAAGGGCUAAUACCGAAUCUAGCCGACCUCCCUCGGGUUUAUCUGGUAUCUUGCUGGUCAAAGCCCUACGAAGACGUACAAUAUAGGGAUGUGCUUGUAACGGAAGAGAAUUUGUUGGUGCAAGAUAUUCAGGAGACAAUAGAUACUCGAUGCGAAGCCGUCAUAACGUCACUACUGGCCUACGCUUUGUCCGUCGAAACGCACGCAAUCAUCGUGGACGCUUACUUAAAUGCAUAUGACGAUCACAAACACAGUUGGUUACGGUGGAAAAAUGGGGCUUUGCAAUCAGACCUGGUGGACUGCCCUGAUCUGUUUAACAUUCCCCAAAGGGUAGGCGCUAAAACCUCGAACCACGAAGGAUUUCUGAAUGUUCAUGUUUACAGACAGUUUUUCUUGGCGAAUCCUAUAUGUACGUUCUAUCGGGCUUCCCAUGGUAGAAACGGUGUCAUAUUUUCAGGAGCGACGGUUCUAGAAAAGGCUCAGGAGGCCAUAAGAACAACAAUCCCAAAUCUGCUUGCUAAACAGAGAGCGAUAAGAACAGAAUCAUUAGUAAAUGGAUCUCAUAAACCAGAGGCGAACGGUAUGGGUAUUUUGUCCAACACCAUGAAAAACAUGCUUUCUCCACGAAAACAGCUAAGAACGCUUCUCGACAAGUCACCACUGUCAUCAUCGUGGAUACCUUCACCACUGGGCUUUGUUACUGAAAAAGUUCAAAGUGCUCUAAAGAGUUACUGAUAGAACGAUACAUCUUCUGCUGUUAACAGAAACAUUGGUAUCAUUACAAAAGGAUAUACUUAUUUAAUAUAUACAUAUAUAUAAUUUAUUAUAUACCAUAACAGUACUCAUUAAUACUGUUGGUGAAA